GCAGCCAUGCUGACCAGCUUCAUAGAGGGUCUGCUCUGCUGCCUCGCCUCAAAGUCAGCCAACGUUGUGGUUCCUGUGGAAACCUCAGAACCUGCCGACGGCUACGAGUUCGUGGAGGUGAAACCGGGCCGCGUCCUGCGGGUUCGACAUAUCGUUCCUGACCGGCCGGUGGUGGAGGAACCCACCGGACCGGGUGGCAGUGUGAGCUGCAAACGAAAGAUCACCGUUUAUCGCAAUGGGCAGCUGUUCAUUGAGAACUUGGGCGACAGGGCGAGUACCGAGGUGAAAAACUGUCAGAAUGGAGAGUCAGAACCCAACAGUACUGUGGAGGUUGAACUGACAGACUCUGGUCACUCCCCACUGCCCGUCAGAAUCCGUGAGGGCAGGUCAGACUCUAUCACAGCUGGAAACAACGGGGCGUCUGAAACAGGAGCAGCAGGAGACGCACCUGCUGCUGGACAGACUGAAACGUCCCAGCAGCCGAGGAAGCGCCGGAGGAAGCCAAAGCGCUCGGUGGUGAUCGACUGUGAGAGGAAAAUAUCAGCCUGUAAAGGGACGCAUUCGGACGUGGCUCUGUUCUUCAUCCAUGGAGUGGGAGGCUCGCUGGAUAUCUGGGGAAGCCAGCUGGACUUCUUUUCUCGGCUGGGCUACGAAGUGAUCGCCCCGGACCUGGCGGGUCACGGAGCCAGCACAGCGCCACAGAUAGCUGCAGCGUACACUUUCUACGCCCUGGCUGAGGAUAUGAGACUCAUCUUCAAGAGAUAUGCACGCAAGAGGAAUAUUCUAAUAGGACAUUCUUAUGGUGUGUCGUUCUGUACCUUCCUGGCCCACGAGUAUCCAGAGCAGAUUCACAAAAUGGUGAUGAUCAACGGUGGAGGUCCCACAGCUCUGGAGCCCAGCCUCUGCUCCAUCUUCAACCUGCCCACCUGCGUGCUUCACUGCCUCUCCCCGCUGCUGGCCUGGAGCUUCCUCAAGGCUGGCUUUGCUCGGCAGGGUGCCAAGGAGAAGCAGUUGCUGAAAGAGAACAAUGCCUUCAAUGUGUCGUCAUUUGUACUGCGCGCCAUGAUGAGCGGGCAGUACUGGCCUGAGGGGGACGAGGUUUACCACGCUGAGCUCACAGUGCCCACCCUGCUGGUUCAUGGCAUGCAUGACAAGUUUGUCCCUGUUGAGGAGGACCAGCGCAUGGCAGAGAUCCUCCUGUUGGCGUUCCUGAAGGUCUUGGAGGACGGCAGUCACAUGAUCAUGAUGGAGUGUCCCGAGGCUGUCAACACACUCCUGCACGAGUUCUUCCUCUGGGAACCAGUUACCCAUGUACCGCCAAAGAAAGAGUCCAAAACACGUCCAGAGACUGCCAAAGCUCAAACUGACAACACCAAGGCGAUAUCUGAGCUCGCCAAGGUCCGGCCCGCAACUGCCAGGCAAACCUCAUCAAACGGCAGAACAGAGGAGAAGCCAGACAGCAAGGCCAAAAAAUAA